CCGAACCUCCUCUGCAGAAGCGAAAUGGCCACAUCCUUGAAUUUCUCACGUGGUUUGAAAGCGGAGCUGAUCCAACCCUAUAACUUCGAGAUGUCACAAGACUUAAGGCCCUUUUUGGAGGAGUACUGGGGAAGUUCGUUUCUCAUAGUUCUCAUCUAUCUGUUGCUCAUCAUUGUGGGCCAGAACUACAUGAGAGCGCGGAAGGGCUUCCGCUUGCAGGGCCCUCUCAUCCUCUGGUCCUCCUGUCUGGCAAUAUUCAGUAUCCUGGGUACAGUGAGGAUGUGGAAGUACAUGGGAAUACUGCUUUUCACACGGGGCUUCAAGCAAACUGUCUGCUUCACCAGCUACACCGAUGAUACCAUAGUCAAAUUCUGGUCCUGUCUUUUUGUUCUCAGCAAGAUUGUUGAACUCGGAGAUACGGCCUUCAUCAUCCUGCGCAAGCGUCCGCUCAUCUUUGUGCACUGGUAUCAUCACAGCACGGUGCUGCUGUACACAAGCUUUGGAUACAAGGACAGAGUGCCUUCGGGGGGCUGGUUCAUGACCAUGAACUUGGGUGUGCAUUCCAUCAUGUAUACCUACUACACUCUGAAGGCUGCCAAAGUGAAACAACCCAGCAUGCUUCCCAUGGUCAUCACCAGCUUGCAGAUCCUGCAGAUGGUGAUGGGAGCCAUCUUUGGCAUCCUGAAUUACAACUGGAGGCAGGAAAAAGGAUGCCACACAACAAUGGAACACUUCUUCUGGUCCUUUAUGUUGUAUGGGACCUAUUUCAUCCUAUUUGCUCACUUCUUCCACAAAACCUACCUCAGGCCCAAGAGCAAAGUUAAAUCCAAGAGCCAAUGAGAGCUGGAAAGAAAGAUGGAGCCUCAGGCUUUCCUCCACAGCACUAAGGGUUAGGUGUGAGAGAAUGAUUAGGGUACCUUCCUUGUAUGGUUUCCCCCAUGGGACAUAUACCCCAGAGUGGCAGGCAGCUAUGACAACCAAGAAAUGUCAUCCUUGGAGUAGGGUGUGCUUUGAUCUUUCUGCCUUG